AUGGCUAGCUUCAUGUCCAGCUUCUUUCCCGGAGGGAAAGAAAAGAACCCGGCCAGCGAAAAUGGCAGUUCGCGACCUGCUACGCCAUCCACCAGGGUGGACAACUUCCUCAACCCCGCGAGCACACCUCAGGGCAGCCCGAGCAAGAAGACCAACCCUCCUGGCUCACACGACCUCCCGUCUGCAUUCGAGAGUGCCUUAACACUCAAUCCUCCUGUCAUGGAGCCACCCCUCAAGUUGGGCCGCCCUCAAAGCGUUGUAGCCCCGCUAUCACCUGGCAAGACCAAGGUUCAGCCCCUCGACGAGUCCAACGUCAAUGUCGAUGAAAGUGUCGUCCACAAGACACGGCCUGCAAGCCCUCAAAAGAAACAAGGCCAGGAGAACACACCUCCUACUUCUCGAUUGGCUGGCACCGAUUCUCCCCACCAGCAUAGCCAUGCUGCUGUCACUCGUCAACAACACUAUGAGCACAGGGAGCGACCAAACACGCCCGCCACGAAGAAAUUCAACACCGCUCGAGGUCUGACACCCGAAGAGCGCGAGAUUCUUCAGAAGCCCAACGUUAAGCGACUCGUCAAUGUUACUCAGCUUUACUUCCUUGACUAUUACUUCGACCUCCUUACCUACGUUGGAUCAAGACAAAAUCGACUAGCAGCCUUCAAGAACGAGUAUCCUCCGCCCCCGGAGACUGAUGAGCAGACGCACAACCAAAUGUGGACCAAGUACACAGGACGAGAACGCGCCAACUUGCGCAAGCGUCGAGUUCGACUUCGACAUGGCGACUUCCAGAUUCUCACACAAGUUGGUCAAGGUGGAUAUGGUCAGGUUUUCUUGGCUCAAAAGAAAGACACCCGUGAGGUCUGUGCCCUCAAAGUCAUGAGCAAGAAGUUACUGUUCAAGCUUGACGAAGUUCGCCAUGUUUUGACGGAGAGAGAUAUUCUGACCACGGCCCAAAGCGAGUGGCUCGUUAGGCUCCUCUACUCUUUCCAGGAUGAAAAGAGUAUUUAUCUGGCCAUGGAAUAUGUGCCUGGCGGCGACUUCCGCACCCUGCUUAACAACACCGGUGUGUUAUCCAACCGCCAUGCGCGUUUCUAUAUCGCCGAGAUGUUCUGUUCCGUUGACGCCCUGCACCAACUCGGUUACAUCCAUCGAGAUCUCAAGCCCGAGAACUUUCUUGUCGAUUCUACAGGACACAUCAAGUUGACCGACUUCGGUCUUGCUGCAGGCGUGCUCGCCCCGUCCAAAAUUGAAUCAAUGCGUAUCAAGUUGGAAAAAGCAUCCGAAAGUGCAGUUCCCUUCGGCAAGCCCAUGGAUCAGCGAACUGUGGCUGAACGUCGAGAGAGCUAUCGGACAAUGCGCGAGAAUGAUGUUAACUAUGCCAAAUCCAUUGUGGGAUCGCCUGACUACAUGGCCCCAGAGGUCCUUAGAGGGGAGGAAUAUGACUUCACAGUGGACUAUUGGAGUCUGGGUUGCAUGCUGUUCGAGGCACUCACUGGAUUUCCUCCUUUCGCGGGUGCCACUCCGGACGAGACGUGGCGUAACCUAAAGCACUGGAAGGAGGUGCUGAAGAGACCUGUAUGGGAGGACCCCAACUACUUCCUGAGCAACAGAACUUGGAAUUUCAUCUGCACCUGCAUCAACUCUCGCACAAGACGAUUCUCGAAUAUCAAAGAUAUCUAUGCUCACCACUACUUUGCAGAAGUUGAAUGGGAUGUUUUGCGACAAACUCGUGCGCCCUUUGUACCAGAGCUGGACUCAGAAACUGAUGCGGGCUAUUUCGAUGAUUUUACCAACGAGGCCGAUAUGGCCAAGUACAAGGAGGUUCAUGACAAACAACAAGCUCUUGAGACAAUGGCUGAGCGUGAAGACCAAAUGAGCAAGAGUCUCUUCGUCGGAUUCACGUUCAGACAUCGCAAACCCGCAACGGAAGAAGGCGGGAGCCCCAGAAAGCGCAUCCCCACGGAUGAGACGUUUGGGACGAUGUUCUAG